GCUCUUGGGCAUUCUCAGUGCAGGAGCAUCCCACUGACAAGAGCCUUGUUUGCUCUUGUGCUUCAACACAGUCUGCAAACUUGCACAGCAGUGCUACAAUGGAUGAGAAACUUGUUGCUGCAAUUUGCACUCUUUACAGCAUUGGUUAUUCCAGCUAUUACCUGACUAACCUGGGCCGUCACCUGAGACGUGUAUUCAGAGAUGCUGCUCGUGAGAGCACAGAACCAACAGCAGACUCUCCUCUGGUUCCCACUGCUCCUGGAGAAGAGGCCAAAGAUGAGGCCAAAGAGGAGCACAAGCCUCCAGCCGUGGUCACAGCACAGCCUGAAUAUUCCGAGCUGGCCCUUCUGGAGAGAGAGCAUGAGCAGAUUGCUUUAGCAGAGGUGCCAUUCCAGACUCAGGGACUGCUGUUCCCAGCCCGGGAGCAGGAAGAGCAGCUGAGGCAGCGAGAGGAGGAGCAGCAGGAGAAUGGCCAGAACGUCAAGGCAGAGCCACAAGCAGAGCUGCCCAAAGCUCAGAUUCCCAUCAUGGCAGUGAAGACGAGGAACAAGGAAGACAUGAGAAGAAUUCAAGAUCACUGGAAUCUCCAUCGACAGAGGGGUGAUCUACAAAAGCAGGUACGUGUAAGAGUGGCUGCCACUCCACUCAAGAAACUUUCUCUCUCUUCUUUACAGAACUUCAAUGAGAAGCUGCCCGCAGAGCUGCAGGAAACUCAGGCUGUGCUCAAGGCAACGGAGAUGAGGCUGAAGAAAGAAAUGAAAAUUGUCAAAGAGAAAAUUAAUCUCCAUCAGGAGCAAGACGCUCGAGAAAAGCCAAUCUACACAUGCUCUGUCAUGCAACCUGCUGCAGCAGCAGUGUUGUUUCAUGACACCCCCAGUCCCCAGGAUGAGAAGUGGAGCCUUUUCAGCUCAUUUAGGUCCAGUGUGGCCGCAGCUGCUCAGAAACACGAGAUGGAGGAGAAGUACCUGGAGCUACUGAGGAAAAUGGUGAAUAUGGAAAAUCCCCUGAUGAAAUACAUUGAACUGGGAAAUAUCGGCAGUGGGACUUUUGGAGAGGUUUGUAGAGCAUUCGACACUGCCACAGGAGAAGAGGUGGCCAUAAAGAAAAUAAAUCUUCAAGGACUGACUAGUAAGGAAGUAAUCAUCAAUGAAGUCAUGGUCAUGAAGAACAAUAGGAAUCCCAACCUGGUCAACUAUUUAGACAGCUACCUUGUGGAUAACCAGUUCUGGCUGGUUAUGGAGUACAUGGAUGGAGGCACUCUGAGCGAUCUCAUCAGCAAGACUCACAUGACUGAAGGAGAGAUUGCAGCUGUCAGUCGGGAGUGCCUGCAAGGACUGGAUUUUCUUCGCUCGAAUCUCAUGAUCCACUGAGAUGUGAAGAGCUGCAACAUUCUUCUCAGAACUGAUGGCUCUGUCAAACUGGCUGAUUUUGGCCUUUCUGCUCAGCUCAUCCCUGAGCAGAAUCAAAGGUGCUCCAUGACCGGGACUGCUGGGUGGAUGGCACCUGAAGUUGUGACAGGACCAGGAUGCACGUGGUGGAUAAUGCAGGAAGAUGGAACAACACGGUGUAUACCACAGGGAGAACUGAUUGUAGGAUGAGACAGAAAGACUUAUCUCCAAGAUCUGUACCGGCUCCGGUCGGGACCUGAGCAUCAGAGACUGCCUCCGGAGCCUGCCCAAGAAGCUUCUCGCCCUUCCCAGCAGCGACCGUCUCUCACUUUGGACAGACGGCACAGCAUGCGUGUAGACAUUUUCUACAGGCAUUUGCAUCUUUAGGCGUGCCUCAAGAGAUCAAAACAGACAAUGGUCCAACUUACAUAGAUGUAGGAUUGAAGUGGGUGCCUGCAAAGUGUGUCAAACCAUAUCGGGCCCCAACAACAACGCAAGCAGAGACUGAUCUCGGGAGUGAAGAACGAAACGCACAGACCGAGUCACAAGCAGGCGAUGCGAAUUCGUCUUCAGACAAAACGACAAGAACUUAAAGAUUUAAAAUUCACCAUGUUUUUCUAUGUAAUUUUGUAUUCUAUCUUUUUGUCAGUUAUGUUAGGUAUCGAAACAAAAUUACCAAUAAUGCAACCAAGAGCAAA